AUGUCGGCCAAGGAUCCAUUGCUCUCCCGUGUGCUCAACUGGGUUUGGAGGGGGUGGCCAAAAGCAAAAGUUGAAGACAUGUUCAAGCCAUUUGUAGUGCGCCAACAUGAACUAUCUGCCUAUAAAGGUUGUCUUUUAUGGGGGUACAGAGUGGUAAUUCCAAAUGCAGGACAAGCUAAAGUUUUACAUGCCCUCCAUGAGGGACAUCCUGGAAUAGUUCGCAUGAAAGCUUUAGCCAGAAGUUAUGUUUGGUGGCCUAAAAUGGAUGAAGUUAUUGAGAAGUGGGUAAAGAACUGUGUACCAUGUCAAUCCACACGUCAUGCUCCACCUAAAGCCCCGGUACACCCAUGGGAAGUGACUAGGUCACCUUGGUCCCGUUUACAUAUAGAUUUUGCUGGCCCUUUUCAUGGACAAAUGUUUUUUUUAGUUGUUGACUCCUUUUCAAAAUGGUUAGAAGUUGUUCCAGUUACAUCUGCUACCUCGGUCACUGUCAUAAAGAUUCUAAGGAGUCUGUUUGCUACACAUGGGUUGCCGGAUACAAUUGUGUCUGAUAAUGGCACACAAUUUACCUCAUCAGAAUUCAAAAUCUUUAUGGAAAGUAAUCUUAUUCGUCAUGUCACAAUUGCACCAUUUCAUCCAUCCUCAAAUGGUCAAGCUGAACGUAUGGUUCAGACCACAAAAGACUCACUCAAGAGAAUUAUUGAGGGAGACUGGAAUCGUAGGCUUGCAAAUUUCCUUCUACAACAACAUGUGACACCAUGCUCAAGCACCGGUAGGAGUCCAGCAGAGCUCCUCAUGAACCGCCGUCUAAAAACUUGUCUGGAUCGUUUACAUCCUGAUUUGACGUCUGAGCUGCAAGAGAAGCAAGAAUUGCAAUUCAAUGAGCGCUAUAAUGUUUCUACUGUGAGAGUAUUUGUACCUGACAGUGCUGUUUAUGUGAGGAACUAUGCUCCUGGGCCUAGAUGGAUACCUGCACAAGUACUUGUGGCCACAGGACCUUUGUCAUACAAAGUACAGACUACUGAUGGUAGAAUAUUACGAAGGCACGUAGAUCAGAUUCGUGAACGAAGUAACGAGAUUGUGCCUGCUGCGGGUCCCAGUCGUACUGGGUCUCCUGUGAUGCCAGAUGUUGGAGAACCACUAGAUGAUGCAGGUGUCAGUUCUCCAGGAGUUGUUGUUGCAGAGCCUGUUCCUUGUAGUCCACAGGACAGAGCACAGGACGACGGCCCAGCUGAUGGUCCAGGUGAAACUGCUCCAACCUUGGGGCGGCCAAGAAGAAAUAUUCACCCUCCCAGUUAUCUGAAAGACUUUGAGGUCUAG